UGUUUUGUUUAUAUUUUAUGUGCAAUUUCAAAGUCCAAAAAACACAAUUCUGAGUCAAAUUCUAAACAAAAAAUAUGUUUUUUUGUAAAAUAUUCUUUUAGUGAUUUGAGAUUAGCAGCCAAAUUUAGGCAAUCCUGGAGGUGAUGAAGUUUGGAGUAUGAAUUUUAAUUCGACCAUAGGGUUCGUUCUUCUCCUUCCCUUUAAUUCAAUUUUAAAUUAUGGGGAGAAGUGUUUCAAGGUCUCCGUCGUACACACACCGUUCCAGUUCCCAUCGCCAUAGUCGGAGAAGCAGAAGGGACCGAACUCCUUCUCCCUAUCACUCCAAUUCUCAUUCCAGGAGAAGAAGCCGUUCAACCUCUCUCCGCCGCCGCCGAACUCCUUCCCCAUCCUACCGUCGUCGUCGAACUCGCUCUCCCACUCCACGGAGACGCCGCCGACGCAGAACUAGGUCUUUCUCCUUAUCCCCCUCCUCCAAGUCUCCUACUUCCAGUCCUAGCCCUGCAUCCACUGAUCGCAAAAAUUCCAUAGACAAGCUUAAGAAAGAGGAAGAAGAGAAAAAAAGGCGUGAAGCAGAGUUGAAGAAGUUAGAAGAAGAUGAAGCGAGGAGGUUGGAAGAAUUAAUUCAGAAGAAUGUUCAAGAAAUAUUAAACUCUGAAGAGACUAGAUUAGAAAUAGAGAGGCGAGUAGAGGAAGGUCGCAAGAAAUUGUUUGAUGCUGUUGAUGUGCAACUUGCGAAAGAGAAAGAGGCCGCUCUUACUGCUGCAAGACAGAAAGAAGAACAAGCCCGAAAAGAGAGAGAAGAGCUAGAUAGAAUGUUAGAGGAGAAUAGGAGAAGGGUAGAAGAAGCUCAGCAAAGAGAAGCUCUGGAGCUGCAGCGGAAGGAAGAAGAACGAUAUCGUGAACUGGAGCUGAUCCAGAGACAAAAGGAGGAGGCCGCUCGGAGGAAAAAGCUGGAUCAGGGAGAAGAGAGAACUUAGAACGUAGAGCUUAUUGUGGGCAAGAGUGUGUGAUCUAGUAGAUGAAAUAUGGUACGUCCAUGGUUUCCUGACCCGUAGAAUGGUGAACCAAAAAGCUGAUAAUUUUUGUUCAAUGUUAUUUUGGGGUAUUGGCCUACUAUGCAUUUUGUUGGUUCUUCGGCUCCCUUUGAGUGUCUGUUUCGUGGUUGUUCUAUGACUUGGGUGACACAUGAAUUUUGGGCAGUUGAUUUGUUAUUGAUCUCAACUCUUUCUAUCAUUAAGGUGCUCAUAGAGCUUAUUUUCAA